AUGGAGCAGCAGCAAGAGGAGCAUCCGCUGCAGCAGCAAGAGCAGCAGGAGCAAGACCAGAAGGAGCAGCAGCAGAGCAGCAGUGGACUGCUACUGCAGCAAGGCUUGCUGCUGCAGCAGGCGCCGCAGUGUGGGGUGCAGCAGAAUCGAAUGGUGAUUGCCGCUGCUGCAGCAGAGCCGGUUUACAAAGGAGCCGGAGAACAUGCUGCGGCCUCUUCUCUCCCAAACCCUCGUGCGGCGGUCCAUUUGCUGCAGCAGCAGCAGCAGCAGCAGCGGAAGCUGCAGCAGCAGCAGCAGCAGCAGGGCCUCCCCAGCGCCCUGCAGGGCGCACCACAGCAGCACCGGCAGCAGCUGCAGCAGCAGCAGCAGCGUUCACAGCAGCAGCAGCAGCAGCAGCAGCAACAGCGGGCCUGCGAGGGACAGUGCUCCUGCUCCACCUGCCACGUUAUCCUCAGCGAGGGUUUAUACGAAACCCUAGAAGCUCCAAAAGAUGAAGAAGACGACAUGUUGGACUUGGCAGCUUGUCUCACUGACACGUCGCGUCUGGGCUGCCAAAUUCGCGUCACGGAGAAGUUCGAAAACGAGAAGGUUCGGCUUCCGCCAAUAACUCGGAAUUUCUUUGUGGACGGCCACAAGCCGAGUCCCCACUGA